AUGUUGUCAAAACGUGCAAUUAUGCUUUUGCAAUUAAAAUUUAACUUUUUCUAUCGUCGGCCAUCGAUCAUUGCUCGGAAUGCAAAUCAUUAUUCGGCCGAACCGUUUCUAAAAGAUCAUAUGAUAACACAUUUAAUAUCCUCCGAAAAAGACCAAUGGACAGUAAAAAUGUUUCGGGAUAUGUACGAACGUUUAUUGCUGGAAAAACAAACCGUUAUCGAAAAGCAAAUAAAAUUAUCGGAGAUUUUCGAACAACAAUCCUUAUCUGCUAAUACCGAAAAAAUGUUUUAUCAGGGUAUACUUCACAGCCGGGCAGCUUUCGAAAGCUUCGAAAGAUAUCUUCGAGGUAUGAUUGACAGAUCGGGCUCACUUGGGCGAAUGGCCCGAGAAAAACUGAUUAUUCAAGCGCUUCAACGAAUGAAGAAAGGCAAAACAUUAUCGCCACAAACGGAGAAAACGUUAACAGAAAUCGUUUGCUGUCAUUUUAAAACAGAAGUUGAACAUUUAACAACAGAAGAUUUACAAAUAUUAGGUAACGAAUUUGAACAGUUAUAUAAGGAACUUAGUCACAACAUUCAUUCACAAACAGCAGAAAAUAAGACUACCAUUUCGCUCGUACGAACACAUCUAAAUAAUACCCAGCUAUGUACUUUAAUAGCAAUUUCUAAACAUUAUUUAUUGAUUGAUGAAACAAAUAUAUUCAUAAACGAUAAACCCACCGAUGAAAAACAGUAA